AUGGCCGACAAUUUCAAGGCCCCGGCCAACCCCAAUGUGCCCCAGGACAUCGCACACAUCAUGGAGCUCGUCGCCACAGACCAGGUCGUCGGUGCGAUGCCCUCCGUCGACAUGUCUGCCGCCGAGAAGCGCAAGCUCGUCGAAGAGAGCAUCAAGCGGGGCAAGGUCGUCAAGCCAGAAUCCGACUCUGACUCUGACUCUUCCAGUGAGUUUGAGUCGAGCAGCGAAGAAGAGUCGGAUAAAGAACCCCUCACGGCCGAGAAGCACCAAGAGCUCAAAGCCGAGCUGGAUGAAUUUGUCAAGGAUGGCGAGGUCGAGUGGGAUUCUGACUCUGAUGAGGGUAUCAACCUUGACAAGAUGGGAUUCGACUUUAUGGAGGAUGAAGAUGAGCCUGCAGGUGGGCCCAUAGCUUCCAUCCACGAAGCGCCUUUGCCUCCUGUCAAGCAGCCGCCGCUCAUCAAACUUCCCGAUGGCGAAGGCGUCAGUCUUGCGGGGGACGUCGUCAGCUGGAUGAGAGAGAAGAAGGUCGAGGCGUGGCUGGAGAUCAACAAGAUGGAGGGAGAGGAUGUUCAGGCCGCUGUGGACGCUCAAGUCAGGAUUGAGAACCCAGAGGCUGCACCUGAGAGUAUCCCGGCUGCUGCUUCUGAGGAUACUCCUGUGACUGCUACUGAGUCUGCAUCGGAAGCCCCUGAAGCUGCCCCGGUGAUCGCUGAAACCGCUCCCAAGCCGGUGAAAGAGGUCAAGCAGCCCAACUUUUCUUCAUCAGGAACUGUGGUCGUUCGCGCCAUGCAAUCGCGGCCUGGAGAUCAUGACGAGGGAUGGCUGGAAGAAGGCAGUAUCUUGUGCUGGGAAGAUGGUAGAGUCUUGGGUACUGUCCACGAGACUUUCGGUCCCCUCACCUCACCCUUCUACACUGUUCGUCUACCCCCACCUCCAUUCCCUUACCCCUCGCCCGAAUCCCUCGUCCCCGGAUCCCGACUAUUCUACCCGCUCAACAACUCUUACCGCUCCUUCGUCAACAUGAUCGCUGUCAGAGAUCCCCGUUUCAAGGGCACGGACGCAUCCAAUCUAUAUGAUGAAGAGGUGGGCGACGACGAGGUAGAGUGGUCCGACGACGAAGCCGAAGCUGCCGCCAAGCGGGAAAAGAAGAACAAGAAGGGAAAGAAGGGAAAGAAGGGAGGCAGCAUUGCUGGAACGCCACGGGCGUUGAUCGCCGGCCUUCCUGCGCGACCGCACUUUGACUAUCAACCAGAUGACGCUUCCGGCGCUGGAAGCAUGUACGGCGGGGACGACGAGCGGUGGGAGAUGGGAUCGGAUGCGGGGUCGACGGUCAGUAGGGGCCGUCCUGCGCCGAUGCCUUAUGAUCUUGAUGAGCCGAAUGGAAGUGCUGAGCGGGGUGGAAGCAGAGGCAGAGGAAGAGGACAGGGGAGAGAGCGUGGGAGAGGCAGGGGUAGGGGUGGAUAUGGUGGACAAUCCACUGCCCCCCUGCAACAGCAGCAGAGUCCUGUGGACUUCCAAUACCAACAACAACCCUUCCAACCUUAUCCCAACCAGUGGCAGCAGCCCUUCAUGCCAGGCAUGCCCAUGCCCGGCUUCGGCUUCCAGCCCGGAUUCCCGCAGAUGAUGGGCUUCCAACAACCUCCCCAGACUCCCCAACACGGCGGGUACACGCCUAAUCAACCUUCGGGUGUUAUGCCAGCGUUUGGGCAGCAGCAACCCCAGCAGCAAGCUCAGCAGCAGCAGCAGCCACAGGGGGUCGCGAUCAACCCUAGGUUUGCCGCACAAUAUCAGGCGAUGAUGGGGAUGGGGCAGAGUAUGCAGGGUGGUAUGGGGCAAGGUGCAGAGCAGGGCGGCCAGAAUGGAGCGUAUGGGCAGGGCCAGUACGGGUACGGGCAAUACCAACAACAGUAA